GUGUUCCCUUUACGCCUGAAGCAAACCCUCUCUCUGUGUAGUCCAACCCACGCACGCAUGCUCGCUCGCUCUCUCGCUGGCUCUGCCUGCCUCUCUGUUGUGAGCUUUGUUGGGAAGAGAGUGUUCUGAGACUGGCCCCUUCGUUGCUGGCCUGCCUCCGUCGCGGCUCCCCCCGUGAGCGUCGCUGCUCCUCGUCGUCGUCGUCGUCGUCGUCGUUGCUUCCCUUCUGCCUCGCGCCGCGCGUCGGUGUGCGUCAUCCAGGUGUUGCACAAGAGAUAAUUGGGGGGAAUUGUCGGGGGAUGGUUGCUUAAGCUUGGCAUUGGAUCAUCAUCGCUCCGUUGGCGCAAUCUGUGAAGAUGAAGGAAGCAAAGGGCAAGAAAGGAGGUGGUGCGGUGGCGAAGGAGAGGGUGCCGAAAGUCCAGGACAAGGACAUCAAGAAGCGGAAAGGGGCGGUGAAAGAGACGAAGGCGAAGAAGCCGAAGGGUGGCAAGAAGUUGAAGGACCCGAAUGCGCCGAAGCGGCCGCCGACGGCUUUCUUCAUCUUCUUGAACGAGUUUCGGGAGGUAUUCAAGAGGGAGAACCCGAACGUGAAGGGAGUGACAGCGGUGGGAAAGGCGGGAGGAGAGAAAUGGAAGUCGAUGUCAGAAGCUGAGAAGCAGCCUUUCAUGACGAAGGCGGUGCAGAAGAAGUCGGAAUACGACAAGACGAUAUCGGCGUACAACAAGAAACAGGAUGAGGACGCGGAAGAGGUAGAAGCGGAGGAGUCGGACAAGUCAAAGUCGGAGAUCAACGACGACGAAGACGAAGAGGAGGAUGAGGAUCUGGAUGGCUAGGUGAUCGAGCACUGAUGCUGUAAGAAUUAAGUGACUGAUAUGGUGGGAAACAGUUGCUUGGUGGGGUGGGUAUUGAAGCAGAGGCGUGCGAUUAAGUGGGAUGAGAAUUCUCAUAAGGCGGGAGGAGCUCGUGUGUGACGCGUCGGAUUGGAGAUGAAUAGGAAGUCACGGUUUUUGGGGUUGUAGUUCCGGCAGUGUCUUCGGGCUAGCGCGGUCUGUGAAGGGGACGGGAGGGAAUGGAAAUGAAUCGAAAGGAUAGUGGAGGAUAUGUGGUAAGGUGAAGUUGGUGGCACGGUCGUAUUUGUAAAUGUUGGUCAGGUUGGGGUGUUAGUAGGGGGUGGUGAGAGGAAGUUUGACAGUUGUGCUUGGUUAGCGGUGAUCCUGUUAGUAGGAGACUGGAUCGAUUGUAUUAUGAUGCAAGAGCAGCUCCCUUGUGGGGAUCUGUAUGUUGAUCUGUAUGAAGGAUCCAAGGUCAUUUUCUUUGUGUACGAUAUUGAUUCUCUUUU